GGUAUCUACUACACAAUUCCUUGGCAACAGCUACUCAGCACUGCUGACGUCUUCCACUCAGUUCAGCACUCUACAAAUUAUUAUCUCUGGAUUCCCAGCUGACAGUCUGCCGGAGGCAAAAGCUACGAAGCCAACUAGAACUGUGCCUUUUCUCUUUUCAAGGUUCCUUUCUUACGCUGCUAAAAGGAAGAAAAAAAAAGAUGAAGCUGGGCAAAGUAGAGUUGUGUCAUUUUCUACAGCUUAUAGCUCUCUUCCUGUACUUCUCUGGGAUGAGUCAAGCUGAGUUGCCAAGGUCCAGAUCCAAGCCUUAUUUCCAGUCAGGGAGGUCCCGAACGAAGCGCAGCUGGGUGUGGAAUCAGUUCUUCGUGCUGGAAGAAUACAUGGGUUCAGAUCCCCUUUAUGUAGGCAAGCUUCACUCUGAUGUUGAUAAAGGAGAUGGUUCCAUCAAAUACAUCUUGUCAGGCGAAGGGGCAAGUUCCAUUUUCAUUAUUGAUGAGAACACUGGGGAUAUUCAUGCCACCAAGAGAUUGGACCGGGAGGAGCAGGCCUAUUAUACACUCAGAGCCCAAGCUCUGGACAGACUCACCAACAAGCCUGUGGAGCCUGAAUCUGAAUUUGUUAUAAAAAUUCAAGAUAUCAAUGACAAUGAACCCAAAUUUCUGGAUGGCCCAUACACAGCAGGAGUUCCUGAAAUGUCUCCUGUGGGGACUUCAGUGGUACAGGUGACAGCCACAGAUGCUGAUGAUCCUACCUAUGGCAACAGUGCUCGAGUGGUCUACAGUAUUCUUCAAGGACAACCAUACUUUUCAGUGGAACCAAAGACAGGAGUCAUCAAGACUGCCCUUCCAAACAUGGAUAGAGAGGCUAAAGACCAGUAUUUGCUUGUCAUUCAGGCAAAGGAUAUGGUUGGUCAAAAUGGCGGACUGUCUGGAACCACUUCAGUCACUGUGACCCUAACUGAUGUCAAUGAUAACCCACCUCGCUUUCCACGAAGAUCUUACCAGUAUAACGUUCCAGAAUCUUUGCCUGUAGCAUCAGUUGUGGCCAGAAUUAAAGCUGCUGAUGCAGAUAUAGGAGUAAAUGCAGAAAUGGAAUACAAAAUAGUGGAUGGUGAUGGAUUGGGGAUUUUCAAGAUAUCUGCUGACAAAGACACACAGGAAGGAAUCAUUACAAUACAAAAGGAACUUGAUUUUGAAGCCAAAACAAGUUAUACGCUGCGCAUAGAAGCUGCAAAUCGUGAUGCUGAUCCCCGCUUCCUAAGUUUGGGUCCAUUUAGUGACACCACAACCGUAAAGAUAAUUGUGGAAGAUGUAGAUGAGCCCCCUGUAUUUUCUUCACCCUUGUACCCCAUGGAGGUAUCAGAAGCUACGCAGGUGGGGAAUAUCAUCGGAACUGUAGCAGCUCAUGACCCGGAUUCUUCCAACAGCCCUGUGAGAUAUUCAAUUGACAGAAACACAGAUUUGGAGAGAUAUUUCAAUAUUGAUGCUAACAGUGGAGUUAUUACUACUGCCAAAUCAUUGGAUCGAGAGACAAAUGCUGUUCAUAACAUUACAGUCCUUGCAAUGGAAAGCCAGAAUCCGUCUCAAGUUGGGAGAGGCUAUGUGGCUAUCACUAUCCUGGACAUUAAUGACAAUGCACCUGAGUUUGCCAUGGACUAUGAAACAACUGUCUGUGAAAACGCUCAGCCUGGGCAGGUUAUCCAGAAAAUCAGUGCUGUUGAUAAAGAUGAGCCAUCCAAUGGACACCAGUUUUAUUUCAGCUUAACAACAGACACAACAAAUAACCACAACUUUUCACUUAAAGAUAACAAAGACAACACAGCCUCAAUACUCACCAGGAGAAAUGGCUUCCGCAGACAGGAGCAAUCAAUUUACUACCUGCCAAUUUUCAUUGUGGACAGUGGAUCCCCUUCACUAAGCAGUACCAACACGCUUACCAUCCGUGUCUGUGACUGUGAUGCUGAUGGUGUAGCACAGACCUGCAAUGCAGAGGCCUAUGUUCUACCCGCUGGCCUCAGCACUGGGGCCCUGAUAGCAAUACUGGCCUGUGUAUUGACACUAUUGGUGCUGAUCCUCCUCAUCGUCACUAUGAGAAGACGAAAAAAAGAACCUCUUAUUUUUGACGAGGAGAGGGACAUUAGAGAAAAUAUAGUCAGAUACGAUGACGAAGGCGGGGGAGAAGAAGAUACUGAAGCCUUUGACAUGGCUGCACUUAGAAACCUCAACGUCAUACGAGACAACAAAACCCGCAGAGAUGUGACUCCUGAAAUUCAGUUCUUGAGUCGACCGACUUUUAAAAGCAUCCCAGAUAAUGUCAUUUUUAGGGAAUUUAUUUGGGAAAGACUGAAAGAAGCUGAUGUGGAUCCAGGGGCUCCACCGUAUGACUCGCUGCAGACCUAUGCAUUUGAAGGAAAUGGCUCAGUUGCUGAAUCUCUUAGUUCUUUAGAUUCCAUCAGCUCAAACUCUGAUCAGAAUUAUGAUUACCUAAGUGACUGGGGUCCCCGCUUUAAAAGACUGGCUGACAUGUAUGGAAAUGGCCAGGAGACCUUGUACUCAUAGCCUUGGACAGUUAAUUUGAAAUGUACUGAAUAAAAAGGCAGCAGCAAAAAAAAGAAAAAAGAAAAGAAAAAAAAAAAGAAAAAUGAAACAAUUUUAAAAGAGAAGAAGAAGGGGGAAGUAUUACAUACAGUAAACAAGAACUUUACUUGUGGACAAAAGAUUGUAAAUAUAUCUCCAUUUUUAACUCAUGGUUUCUGGCUUCGUAAAACAUUCACUAGAUUGUCCAAUGGAUUUCACUGACCACAGAGUCUGAGCAUUUGAAGUUUAUUUAUUUAUUUAUUUAUUUAUUUAUUUAUUUAUUUUGAUAAAAAUAAAUACCUAGUGGUUUGUGAAUAGAUAGCAACUCUCAUAUAUUUGCAAAGGCACCUUACCUGUCUGAUAAAGUCAUGUCCUGUGUUGUCAGUGAGUCAAGGAUACCCUGCACAAACAUUCAUGGUACCCUCUCUGAGAAGAAUAGAGCAUGGUGUGCCCUUGAAAAAUCCCAGAUUUUUGCCUUUAAAAACUUGGAAGAAUUUUAUUUCUACUGAAGCUUUUAGGCUUGUUAUAUGACAGAAUUCAACAUAAUUUUAUUGCUGUUGGUGCACAGAAAUAUUUUAUUUUAUUUAGAGAUAUACAAAUCAUGAUAUCUUCCCUAAGUGAAACUUUCAAUAAAAACCAAUAAAGCUUAAUUUAAGGCAACAUAAAUCAUUGUUUUGCCAAUAAUUUUAGGAAGUGUUCACAAUAAGGAAAAGGUAAAUAAUUCUCCAAGUUUCAAGUAGUUUUGAAAUACUGGCUUAGGUAUGAUGUAAAACACAGUUGCUGUCUAUUCAUUAAUUUUUAUCUCUUCUGAUUUGUACAGGAGAAUAUAUUUUUAUUUGACACAUGGUAUGGUUUUUAUUUUGGAACUCCAGUCUCCAAUCUAUUCAGGUUCAUCUUAUAGCCUCAUGGUAUUAAGCUCAUCAGGACAUUCUGGCUUUUCUGCACCAUGGACUAUAGUAAUGGGAUGAAACAUGGAAAUGGAGAAAUAACUGCACAGCAACUGAGCCUUAUUUCCCCUCACAUCUCAAACAGGAGCAUAGCUCCAAUGAUGUACACAUUUUUCUUCUGAACCACUAGAGAGUACAAAAUGGCAAUAAAAUAUUUGCAUUUAAGUAAGACUUCGGGGAGAGUUAAGAUUUUCCUUUGAUGCAGGAAUUACUUUCCAAAAUCAUGAGUUCUAUAUGUUGUAAAGACUUUUCAAGGAUUGUUUCCCAGCUUCUUUUGGUGUAACACAUUGAUUGCAAGAUUGAGUUUUUAAAUAUAUUUUUAAAAGUAUGAUGCCAUACAUUUUCAGCCCAUUGUGUCCCCAAGUAAUGAAUGAUGUGUAAUAUCUCACAUGGUUUAGAUGUGUCAAAGGGAAAGGAGAAAUUUCAAGUAAUCAUAUGUGUUUAAGAUCAAGA